AUGAUUUUUGUUGCAGGAGUGCAAGCACCUCCCAGAAAUGAUUCGGUUCGUUUGGAGCCAGGACCUUUCGUGAGUGGUGCCGGAGCACUUUACAUCGCCGCCACAUGUGCGUGCGCUUUGAUAUUAGUCGUCGGAAGCGUAGCAAGCGCCUUGUACAUUCGUAACAGCAAGGCUCGCAUUCAAGAAUCCCAGAAAACACUGCCCUGCUGCAGCUAUUCGGCAGCAGACACCGCCGGCUUGGCCAGAAGUUCUGUCCUGGUUAGGGUCGAUCCACGGCCCGGAAGCGCGAAUUCCGGAAGUUACGCAACCAUCGCCGACCUAGAGCCACUGUACGCGAGACCUUGCGGUUCCAGAGCAAGUUACUAUGCUUCCAGCCAUGUGACGCAUCUGAGCCAGUCGACCGAUCCUUGCGAGAAGGCCAGGGCGCUGGCGGUAUCGAGGUCUGCGCUCUACUGUCGCAAUCUUGUGCAGGAGGGCACCUUUGGCCGCGUUUACAAAGGCACGCUGGAAUUGGCUGGUCGCGAGCAAGAAGUUAUCAUAAAGACAGUCACAGAAGUGGCAUCAGCUUAUCAAGCAUCUUUGCUGGUGGUCGAGGGCUCGCAGCUAGCUGGAUUAGUGCAUGCAAACAUAGCUUCGCUCGCCGCUGCUUGCCUCGAUAAUUCUUGCCCAUUAUUGGCAUACAUGAGUACGCCGGGCGAAUUGAAUUUGAAGCUGUACCUUACCGACGGGAAUCAUCAUCCUGGAACCAGGGACUUGGUGCACGUUGGCGCACAGGUUGCCAGAGCUGGGGCAUUCUUGCACGGCCGAGGGCUACUGCACAGGGAUAUCGCUGCCAGAAACUGUUUGAUCGAGCCAAGCAGUCUUCGCGUGCGAUUAGCUGAUACGGCUUUGGCGCGAGAUCUCUUCCCCCAGGAUUACCAUUGUCUCGGUGAUAACGAGAACAGACCUAUUCGUUGGAUGGCCUUGGAGACCCUCCAGCACAAUCAGUACAGCACUGCGACGGACGUGUGGUCAUUCGGAGUGUUUCUCUGGGAGCUGGCGACGAUGGGUCAGCAACCAUACAUCGAGGUGGACCCAUUUGAAAUGAUGGCUUGUCUCCGAGAUGGUUAUCGACUGGCCCAACCAAGACCAUGUCCGGACGAAUUCUUCGCCGUGAUGGCCGUCUGUUGGUUAGGCCUUUCCAGAGACCGGCCAACCAUGCCUCAACUUCUCGCUUAUCUGCAAGACUUUCACGAUGCCCUCGGUGGCUUCGUUUAAAAUACCCGUACUCGAACAUUUCGCCAUGAUGUUCCUCGAAAUGGCGAAGCAAUUUGGAACGACACGCAAGAUUUCCCUCGCGAGAGUAUCGAAACGAAACGCAGGAGAGAGGAUUCAACGUGAGUGGGAAUCGAAAUGAAGACUCAUCGAGAGAGAGAGAAGACAGCUUGACUUGAUGAGCGACGAAUUUUUUCUGAAAGUAACCAACCACAGAAAAGAAUUCUUUCUUUCGGUGAGAAAGGAAAAGACAAGGAUUGAAAGUGAAAUUGAAGAUCACUGCCCGAUUUGCAAUCGUGCGGAAUUGAAAAAUCACUGCCCAUUUACAAUCGCGCAAGAAUUUGAAAAAUCACUACCCAUGUUAUUGAUUUGUCAGCGACGGUAUACACGACAUUCCCUCUGGCGCGUAGCGGCGGGCCGCAUUGUUUUCGAAAUUCCGUUUCGAGUGCAGCCGGAGUGCAUCAAAACAGGCGUUGGGUUGACCAACGUUCGCUGAGUGUAAUCCCGCAGAUUCAAAUGAUUCGAUUAUGAACAAACGAGUGAGGUGCGGCCCGAUCGGUGAUAAAAAGAUCGACGCGGUUAUAUCCGUCCAUAGCAGUUAAAAAAAAAAAAAAGAAAGAGAGA